AUGUUAUGUAUUUCUAAACGAAAAAGUUUAUGCAAAAAUCAAGAACGUGAUAAAAAUGGUUCAUUUAUUAAAAAAGUUAAAAAUAUUGAAGAAAUUGAAGAAGAUAAUGAUGAAAAUAAUGAAAAUAAUAUUGAUGAUAAUUGGUUUGUAGAAGAGAAUGAAAGAUUUCAAAGAUUACAAAAAUUAGACCUUACUUGGAAAAAUGAAGCAGAUAAAAGUAUAGGCAAGCGUGGCUUAUAUAUGACCGGAAAACUUCCAAAAUCAACAUAUUAUGAUAAAUAUGGUCCCAAUGGUUCAUUUACCAAAGCAGCAAAAAAAUACCAUGAAAAUUACAUUUUUUACAAAUGA